AUGAUAGUAGAUAGCGCAACCACUCUUUACCGAACGGAUUUAUCGAGAAGGGGUGAAUUGUCUGCCAGGCAAAUGCAUCUCGCCAAGUUCUCGAGGAGCCUUCCGAAAUUAGCUGAUGAGCUCGCCCUGCGAAAGGGAAGGGGCGAAGAGCGAAUAUGCAAGGUCGUGAGCUCACCUUGUUUGCCUGAAGCCGAAGCAAGAUUUCAAAUCACUGGUGAUGGAGUAACAGAUGCAAAAGACUGA